AUGGAGUUGACCAAGUGCCAUUUAAAGCAACUACAACGUGAAUUAAACAAGUCAUUUGAAGGUGGAUCUAUUCCAAAGUUGUCAGAUGCCAGAAUAGAUAUUUUGUUGGUUCAUGAGGAUCAAAUACCGGUUGUUGAUGAUUCACAUAUACUAGAUGGUGAAAGUGUUUUGGAGAGUCAAGAGGAAAAACAAAACUCAUCAAUUGUGAACUUUGAAGAUGGUGAUUGUAUCAAUUAUGAAACCAUAUUGUUGGAUGUUGAUAAGACUCUGUUGGAGAAUGUUGAAGUACAUGUGAAGGACGACACCAAUGGGUUAUCCAGAAUAUUUGACCCUGAGAAUACAUCUUUACUUUAUCAGAAGAAAAGUGAGAGCAAGAAGUCUGCUGAGACUAAUGUUUUGAAGGAACUUGACUCUAAUGUUGGAAAACCAUCAACAAAACCUAACGCUAAAUCAAAGAUACCUUUGCCAGAAAAUAAGAUUGUGCACCAAAAGCCAAUGAAACGGAUAAAGAAGAGCUCAUCAAUGCCAAAACAAGUGGUGCUUCCAGCUCAGCAUAAUUCUAAGCUUGUAACUAGAGCUGAUACCAAGUCGCAAAUUGAUUUGAAAUUUCCCAGACUAGAUCAUUUGAUUCAGAAGUUGGCAGAACAAAGAUCAUUAUGA